AUGGCUCUAAAUGUACCAGGCUUAGUAUCUUUGAGUGUGUUUUUUAUGUUAACUUUAGCUAUUGGAAUUUGGGCUUCUUGGAAAAGUAAAAAGGAUCAGCAGAAUAGAAACCCAACUGAAAUGGCCAUAGUUGGAGGCAGGAAUAUAAAUGUUUUCAUUGGAUUGUUUACUGCAACAGCCACCUGGGUUGGAGGAGCCUAUAUCAAUGGCACAGCUGAGAUUGUCUACCUGCCGUCAAAAGGACUAUUGUGGGUUCAGGCACCCGUGGGAUUUGCCUUGUCCCUUGUUAUUGGUGGCUGCUUCUUUGUAAAUCCAAUGAGAUCCAAGAAUUAUGUGACAGUGAUGGAUCCCCUUCAAGAAACUUAUGGGAACGUGAUGGGAAGCUUACUCUUCAUUCCACCCCUGCUAGGGGAGGUGUUCUGGUUUGCAGCUAUCCUGGCAUCCCUGGGAGCAACAAUGAGGGUCAUCCUGAAUAUCAGCAGCUCUUUGGCCAUCAUCAUCUCAGCAUGCACUGUCAUAGUCUACACUCUACUGGGAGGCCUGUACUCUGUUGCAUACACAGAUGUCAUCCAGCUGGUUUUCAUUACCCUCAGCCUGUGGGUCUGUAUCCCCUUUGCCAUGAUGAACUCUGCAACAGAAAGUAUUUAUUACACUGCAACUCAUCAGUCUCACCAAGACCCUUGGAUUGGGAAGGUAGAAAAACAGUACCUUGGAAGGUGGCUGGAUGACUUCUUCUACCUGGUGCUUGGGAGCAUCCCAUGGCAAACUUACUUCCAAAGAGUGCUCUCCGCUGCCUCACCAGGACAGGCGAGGCUCAUCUCCUACCUCUCCGGACUUGGGUGCUUUACAAUGGCCAUCCCCUCUGUGAUCAUUGGUGCAGUUGCAGCAUCAACAGAUUGGAACCAGACAACCUAUGGUCUUCCGAGUCCAUUUGAGAAAGGGGAAUCAGCAAUGGUACUGCCACUUGUUUUACACUAUCUCUGCCCAGCAUACAUCUCCAUCGUGGGUUUGGGAGCCAUCGCUGCUGCUGCAAUGUCUUCUGCAGAUUCAGCUCUUCUCUCUGCCGGCUCCAUGUUCGCUCACAAUAUCUACAGGAAAAUCCUGAGGAAAGAGGCUGCAGACACAGAGGUCUUAUGGGCCAUGAGGAUCUCCAUGCUGGUGCUCGGGGCUGGUGCUGCAGGUCUGGCUUUUUACUCGAGCUCUGUCUAUGACCUCUGGUUCCUCAGCGGGGAGCUGGUGUAUGCCCUGCUCUUCCCCCAGCUCUGCUGUGCCCUCUUCGCUCCCAGCACCAACACCUAUGGCUCUGCUGCUGGCUUCUUGGUUGGGCUCCUCCUGAGGCUGCUGGCAGGGGAACCUGCCCUGAGCAUUCCCCCCAUCAUCUGCUACCCAGCCUGCUGCCCAGUGGAUGGGACCUACAGUCAGCUCUUCCCCUUUAAAACACUCAUCAUGCUCCUCACUCUGGGGAUGAUUGUGGCUGUUUCACAUCUGACUACAGUCUUGUUUCAGAGGAACCUCCUUCCCCACAGGUGGGAUGUUUGCAAUAUCAUGGGGGGAACCAGUACCCCCAUCCCCCUGCAGCAGAUGGAGAACCAGAUGCAUUCACCAGUGGUUGCACUGGAAGAGAAUCGGGCUUAA